UCUCCCUCCGUUCCUCUCCAAGAAGAGCCUCACCUUCUUCUGCAAUCUGAGCUCCUCUUCAGCUUCAGCGCUAGUCCAACCUCGAGACACACACACCUAUCAGCAGUUCACCACUACAACAAGUCAUCAAGAUACACAUACACCCUCCCGGUUUAUAGCUUAUUAGCUUUAGCACUUCCUUGCAUAUCUCGAUGGAGUGCGAUAACGGGCACGUGGCCGCCAACGGCGACGGCUUGUGCGUGGCACAGCCGGCGCGGGCCGACCCAUUGAACUGGGGCAAGGCGGCGGAGGAUCUGUCCGGGAGCCAUUUGGAUGCCGUGAAGCGGAUGGUCGAGGAGUACCGUAAGCCGGUGGUGACCAUGGAGGGCGCCAGCCUGACCAUUGCCAUGGUCGCCGCGGUGGCUGCUGGCAGCGAGACCAGGGUGGAGCUCGAUGAGUCCGCUCGCGGCCGUGUCAAGGAGAGCAGCGACUGGGUCAUGAACAGCAUGAUGAACGGCACCGACAGCUAUGGUGUCACCACCGGCUUCGGCGCCACCUCUCACCGGAGGACCAAGGAGGGCGGCGCUCUGCAGAGGGAGCUCAUCAGAUUCCUUAACGCUGGAGCCUUCGGCACCGGCAACGACGGGCACGUUCUGCCUGCGGCGGCGACCAGAGCGGCGAUGCUCGUCCGUGUCAAUACCUUGCUGCAGGGAUAUUCAGGCAUUCGCUUUGAGAUACUCGAGACGGUCGCCACACUUCUCAACGCCAACGUGACACCAUGCCUGCCGCUCCGGGGCACGAUCACCGCGUCCGGUGACCUCGUCCCGCUUUCCUAUAUUGCGGGCCUGGUAACCGGCCGCCCAAACUCGAUGGCCACGGCUCCGGAUGGCACGAAGGUUAACGCUGCAGAGGCAUUUAAGAUCGCCGGCAUCCAGCACGGCUUCUUUGAGCUGCAGCCCAAAGAAGGCCUUGCGAUGGUUAACGGCACCGCAGUGGGCUCUGGGCUCGCAUCCAUGGUGCUUUUCGAGGCUAACAUCCUUAGCCUCCUUGCCGAGGUCCUGUCGGCUGUCUUCUGUGAGGUCAUGAACGGCAAGCCGGAGUACACUGACCACUUGACCCACAAGCUGAAGCACCACCCAGGGCAAAUCGAGGCUGCCGCCAUCAUGGAGCACAUACUCGAAGGUAGCUCCUACAUGAUGCUUGCGAAGAAGCUUGGAGAGCUCGACCCAUUGAUGAAGCCAAAGCAAGAUAGAUAUGCACUCCGCACGUCGCCGCAGUGGCUUGGCCCUCAGAUUGAGGUCAUCCGUGCUGCCACCAAGUCGAUUGAGCGAGAGAUCAACUCCGUCAACGACAACCCACUCAUCGACGUCUCCCGUGGCAAGGCUAUCCAUGGUGGCAACUUCCAGGGUACACCCAUCGGUGUGUCCAUGGACAACACCAGGCUUGCCAUUGCUGCGAUUGGCAAGCUCAUGUUUGCCCAAUUCUCAGAGUUGGUGAACGACCUCUACAACAACGGUCUACCUUCCAACCUUUCCGGUGGGCGCAACCCGAGCUUGGACUAUGGCUUCAAGGGUGCCGAGAUUGCCAUGGCCUCGUACUGCUCUGAGCUCCAGUUCUUGGGCAACCCUGUGACCAACCAUGUCCAGAGCGCGGAGCAGCAUAACCAAGAUGUCAAUUCUCUUGGCCUCAUCUCCUCUAGGAAGACCGCCGAGGCCAUUGACAUACUGAAGCUCAUGUCCUCGACAUUCCUGGUCGCGCUGUGCCAGGCUAUCGACCUCCGCCACCUCGAAGAGAAUGUCAAGAAUGCUGUCAAGAGUUGUGUGAAGACGGUGGCUAGGAAGACACUGAGCACCAACAGCAAUGGCCAUCUGCAUAGCGCACGCUUCUGCGAGAAGGACCUUCUUCUCACAAUCGACCGAGAGGCGGUGUUCGCCUACGCCGACGACCCCUGCAGCGCCAACUACCCACUCAUGCAGAAGAUGCGUGCAGUUCUUGUGGAGCACGCCUUGGCCAAUGGCGAGGCGGAGCGCGACGUGGAGACGUCUGUGUUUGCCAAGCUUGCCGUGUUCGAGCAGGAGCUUCGUGCAAUGUUGCCAAAGGAGGUCGAGGCUGCUCGGAGUGCCGUGGAGAACGGUACUGCCACACAACAAAACCGUAUCACUGAAUGCCGAUCAUACCCACUCUACCGGUUUGUGCGCAAGGAGCUUGGAACAGAGUACUUGACCGGCGAGAAGACUAGGUCUCCCGGCGAAGAAGUGGACAAGGUGUUUGUUGCUAUGAACAAGGGCAAGCACAUCGACGCACUGCUUGAGUGUCUCAAGGGUUGGAACGGUGAGCCCCUGCCUAUCUGCUAAGGAUCAAGAACAUGAACAGAUGAUAAUGUGCUUCAAAGUUCAGAAGGCUUCAGAUGUUCUUAGCUGAUAAGUGAUAACACUGUUUUUCCAUUGGAUAUUCUUAAAAGUCGAUGUUUUGUAUUGUUCUUAUAGAGCUGCCGGGUUGUUGCCAAAAAUUGCAAUUGCAUGCUUUGGUAGUGGUAGGUAGCCAGUAGAAUCUCUACGAUGUAGGUUAAAAGGGGUACAAUGUGUGAUAAAUAUUCAUGAGAAAUUUAUGUGUCCCUUUUUUUGAGAUCAA